AUUCUCAUUUUAACAAAAUCUUCAGGUGAUAUAUAUAUAUGCACACACUGAAGUUUGAGAUGCAUAGAAUAUAUAAUAAUGAUAAUAAGUGAAAAAAUCAGAGCUAAGAUUAAAUCUAAUAAAGCCAAAAUUGAAGUAAUAUUGCUCAAUGCAUGCAAUCAGUGGCCUAUACUUAAUUUGAGGAGUUGGCAUGAGGAUAGUGCUGAUUUAAAAGAAGCCAAACAGGAAAACUGGAUGAAGUCAAGAUUUUUAGUCAAGAUUUAUAGUUAUUAGACUUAGUACCCCUCACCUCUCUGACCUAUAGUUAUCACUGUGCCUACAUAAAAAAUAAAUUUUUUUGGUAGUACUAAAGUUUAAACCCAGAGCUUCGCACUUGCUAGGCAUGUGCUCUAUUACUUGACCCACACUUUCAAGCCUUUUUUUUGCUUUAGUGAUUUUUCGGGUAUGACCUGAGCCACGAUCCUCCUAGUUAAGCUUCCUGCCUAGCUAGGAUAGGUGUGGAUGACAGGUGUGUUCUGUGUCCAGCUUUUCCUUUAAUAUGGGUCUUGCUUUUUACCCUAAGUGGCUUCAAACUGAUCUCCUCCUCACCUACACCUCCCCAGUAGCUGGGAUUACAGAGGUAAACCACCUUACUUGGGUCUACAUUUAAAAAAAAACAACUGAGGCUGGGUGUGUAGCUCAAGUGAUGCUUGCUUAGCCCCCAGUACUGCCCCAAAACUUCAAGGUGAGACUCCAACUUUCCUUUCCAGAGAGCUAACAGGCCAAGCCCUUCCUUAGUUACCUAUGGCAUAUCAAAGGGUGGACCAUCAAACUUCCUGUCCCCCAGCUUUUACUCUUUCAGCCUGCAGUUGGUUGUUUAUGGAAGGCAGUAGCCAGAUUUUCUGAAGGGCUGAGGCUCUAUGGUCAGAGAUUCUCCUCUUGGCUUAUUUGUAUCAUCAUCUUUGUAAAGUGUGGGUACUUUGUAUGUCAUUGUCCAAAACUUGAAAGGAAUAGGUGAGAGAAUACAGGGCAGUAAGUCCUGCUGUACCUCACCUGCUCGCAGUAAAUAGCUGAGCUGCUGUAGUUAGAGGCAAGCUAGCCAGUGUUAACUCAGGAAAAUCUGCAGGUCAUUGCAGAGCCUGGAACCCUUUUCCAGCUGUAGCUUCCUGGAUUUGCUCCCUAGCGGGUAGGCGGGAACGUCGGAUUGAGUAAUGGCAAGUGGCCCGCCCCGGGCGUGACGUAGUCUUAGUGUUGUUGCCUGUGGCCGCACGUGGUCAACUAAGUCCACCUCUUACUCAGAGCUGCGCUCCGCGUCCACAGCACCAGGCGGUUGCCUUCCUGCUGCUCCUGCUCGCUAUGUCUACGUCCACGAGUUGCCCGAUUCCCAGGGGCCGGGACCGGCUGCCCCACUGCUACAGCACUACGCCUGGGGGCACUCCAUACGCCACUACCCCGGGAGGCACCAGGAUCAUCUACGACCGAAAGUUCCUGCUGGAAUGCAAGAACUCACCCAUUGCCCGGACACCCCCCUGCUGCCUCCCUCAGAUUCCCGGGGUCACAACUCCUCUAACAGCCCCAACCCCCAAGCUGGAGUUGCUGAAGGAGAAGGAGACAGAGGAAGAGAUACCUGAUGAUGCACAGUUUGAAAUGGACAUCUAAUCCAGUGCAGAUGACCCCACAUCUGGAGUUAUAGAGGGAUCCCUCAUGCUGCCGCUGCUGACACCACCUCUUUUUGGGGUAUCCCAAGGCCAAUUGGCCUCAUUUAAUCUGGAAGAGUGACUUGAUGGUUCUGGGUUUCCUUUAGUUCUGAGGCCACUAGACCAAAGAUAGGAGUGGGCAACUUGUCAAGCCCUUAACUCUAUUUUCUCCUUGGUCUGUAGGUACUCCUUCUAACCUCCAGCCCUCUGCUUAGGGCUGGCACUGGGGGAUGCAGCAUGUCAACUUUUGGCUGCUUAGUAAACAUUCAAAGAAAUG